AUGGCAAUUCGAGAGGGUUCGAACAAAUCCCCAGAAAAACCAUCAAAAAGACAAGCAGAAGCCAACGAAAAUGGGCAUCUGUUCAGUCCAAGGUUUCGAUCGGUGGCAGCCAUGGCCGGUUGGGAUGAAGAGUCGCUUUUGAUUGCAAGCCUCAUCGUCGAGGACACUCCUGAUCGCCAAAUCAGACAUAAAAAGAGAUCUGAUUUACAUGGUUUUAAAACACCACCAUCAAAUUCCAGAAGAAAACGCAAGGCUCAGAGACGGAGCCCUGCAUCGAUACCGAUCACUGUUCUUGAUCUCGAGGAAAAUGAGUCAAAAUCAAAACAAGAGAGUGAGAAGUUUGACAAGAAGACAAAUGUCAAUGAAGAUGUAGUAGUAGAGAAGAAUAGAGAUAGUGAUCAAAUGAACACAAAGGGCAAUGAAGUUUCCAUCUCUGGUCUAGGAAUUGAGUGUCUUGAUCGGCUUCGGGAGGAGCUCUCUUGUGCUAUUUGCUUGGAGAUAUGCUAUGAGCCCAGUACAACACCUUGUGGACAUAGUUUUUGCAAAAAAUGUUUGCAUUCAGCAGCUGAUAGAUGUGGGAAGAAGUGCCCCAAAUGCAGGCAGCUUAUAAGCAAUAGCAGAUAUUCCACAGUGAACACUGUUCUUUGGAACACGAUCCAACUGUUGUUUCCCAAGGAAGUUGAAGCAAGGAAGGGAAAUGAUCCUUCAACCUCAGAUAACAACGAAAUACAACGGGAAACCCAAUCAAGAAACAGAAGUCUUCAUACGCGAAACAGAACAGUUCGGGCUUUAAGUAGUAGUCCAGAAUCUGAAAACCGAAGGAAUCAUAGUUUCAGGCACCGGAGUUCAAGGCCGUCCGGUGGUACGUCAAGCAGACAACAGCAUGGGUUUAGUACAAGGAGGGCAUUGCCGAGCCAAGAUGAGGAUGCUGCUUUGGCUUUGAGAUUGCAGAGGGAGGAAUUUAUGGAGGUGUUUAGGGCACCAGACGAGCCUGGUAGAGACCCCUCACUUGCUGUGGCUAGAGCUAAUUUGAGGGCCAUGGCCUCUAGAGCUGUUAACAUUAGGAUUAGGGGCCGGCGAGAGUAG